AUGUCUCAAAUUGAAGAAUCUACUGAAUCCCGCCUCUCUAAGGCCCAUGAAGCGGCUAAACGUGAAGAAACCCCAAAUAUCUCGAAGAUUGCGCGUGAUUAUGGUGUUAGUCGACAUACCCUCUCUAACCGCCUCAAAAAAGGGGCGACCGCGAGAUCUCAACGAAACCCAGCCAAUAAGGCUCUAGAUAAUGUCCAAGAGGAAGCUUUAGUACGCUGGAUUGAUCAGUUGCAUAAUUGGAAUAUGCCGCCAACACCUAAGCUAAUUCAGGCAUGGGCAAAUCGCUCGCUCAGAGGUGCUAGCCAUGUUGGUCUGAGUUGGGUGUACCGCUUUAUUAAACGUCUUCCUGAAGAGCUACAGCUAGCUCUAAAGAAGCAAUAUACCAAAGAAUCAAAGCGAAUUCAGGCUGAAGAUCCAGCCGAGCUAGGUGUGCCUUCGCGGUUGAUCUAUAACUUUGAUCAGUUUGGCUUUCGACCUGGCGAGGGUAAAAUCCAGGUGGCUAGUAGGAAGAAGAAGGCUUAUCCUGAUCUUGAGACUGAAGGAGGUGAAAAUGUCACUGCGGUUGAGUGUAUUGCUGCUGAUGGAUGGCCUUCGUUCGAUGAAGAUUUACCACCGAAUAUGAUGAUUAAAACGUCCCCGAAUGGCUGGAUAUCUGAUGAAAUAGCCUUACAAUGGCUAGAUUCUUUUAUUAAGGCUACGGAUACACCUGAUCGUCUGAAGAAAGGAGAGACGCGUGUCCUUAUCUUCGAUGGCCGUGACUCGCAUCUUACUCUUGAAUUCCUGCAAAAAUGUGAAGACUAUAAGAUUAUACCUUUUGGUUUUCUACCAUAUUCGACGCAUCUUUGCCAGCCACUUAAUGGGAAGCCAUUUUUCAGCUACAAACAACAUCUUCGAUUGCUUAAUGAUGAUAUCUCUUAUUGGUCUGGCGCGUCCAUGACGAAAGCUGAGUUUCUACGGGAAACUCACCCUGUACGACAAAAGGCCUUCAAUCCACAAAUCAUUCGAGACUCUUUUGAAGAGCGUGGUAUCUAUCCUAUGGAUAGUAAUAAGGUCUUAAGUAAGCUCCCUAACCAGCGGGAUAUGAUAUCUAGGAACCUUAUUAUUACUGAAGGUGGCCUUACUGAACUCCCUGAAGACCCGGCACCAUCUCCGUCAACAUCGUCAUCUAGUAUUGAACAUACUCCUCCGACAACCAUGGCAAUGCUUCAGGAGAACCAGGAGAUGCUACUCGAGAAUAUAGAUCUUCUUACACCGAAGCUACAGAGGUGGCUUACACGUCUCUGCAAUCUCUCCCGAUUAUUCCACAAAGAGCUUCUAUUGUUCAAAGAUAUAGUUGAGCAUAUUAUGGAUGCGCAAGAAUCACUCCGCCACUCAAAAACUAAACAAUAG